AUGUCACGCGACGUAUUUGCCCUUCUUAAAGCUCUGAAGGUUACUAAGCCCACGACAAAGACUAAAACGUUAGCCAGUGGUGCUGGUGGGGAGAAAUCUAAGAAGGAGAUUGGUCCAGUGACACUUCUUACCAACAACACUUCUAAAUCUAAAUGGAGUGUUAAGGGAAGUCAUCUUAUUUCAAAGACCCCAAUAGAUGGUCUUACUGGGAAUUGGAGCCUGACGGAAAUCCCAGUGGCAGCAUUUGAUCUAGACAGCACUCUUGUGGAGACAACAUCGGGUCAGAAAUUCGCUCGUCAUGCUGGAGAUGGUUCAAUGACAAUACUCUCGCCAAACUUACUCAAUUGAUACAGGAGAAGUAUUUGGUGGUGAUCUUCACCAAUCAAGGUGGUGUUGUUGCACUGUCAGCCCUUGGACAGCCCAAGUUCAAAUCAUAUACAAACUUUACCAAUCGAGUAGAUCAAAUCAUUAAGGAGCUCUUACCUGCUGAUGUGUUGGUGUUUGCCUCACCGAAACGACCUGCGGCCAAAUCAUUCAAGGGUCCUGUCAGUCUGGAGGAAGUACAUCGAACCAUGAGGAAGCCUGAGUCGGGGAUGUGGGCAUCGUUGAUAGAAUAUCUUGCCAAACAAAAUUACACGGUUGAUAUGGAGAAGAGUUUCUACGUUGGAGAUGCGGCUGGAAGGCCAAAAGAUUUCCUGGACAGUGAUAAGAAGUUUGCCGAGAGUGUUGGUAUUAGAUUUGAGACUCCAGAGGAGACCUUCAAGUGA